CUCCAUUUUCUAUCUCCUGUCAAGCACUCAUCCAUUGGAGCACCAUCACCCUCCUCUUCCUCAUUCUCUCUGCUUGCCCUCGUCGCACCGUCUCCCCGCCUGCUGCGAGCCUGCGACCACCGCGCUGCCACCAUUUACACGCUGUCAUCAUCUGCGCAUUGCCUCCUUGUUGUAAUUGGAGUUGAGGAUGAUGUCGAAGCUGACAUGGAGAAUAAGUUGUCUGGUGAAGAGUUUCAGUCCUUUAUGGCUUUCAGGAUGAUGUUGUAGCUGUUGACAUUGAGGAAAAACGGCCAUUUCCAAGGAGACAUUGAGGGCGCUGCAGUUUAUCUGCCCUCAACAUAAUGAAUUACAAUCGACUAAACAAACAAAUUAUGUUCACUUUGUUUCUUCAAUUUAACCAUGGGAUCAUCGUCAGAUCGAUUGUUUAACAGACAAAGAACCAUUCACCAGAUUUUCGGAGGCAAAAUUGUAGCUAAUGUGGUGUUAUGGAGACAAAGAAAUAUAACAAUGGGAAUUUUAUUGAUGAUAUUAACGGUGUGGUUAGCAUUCGAGCAAUCUGGAUAUACUCUACUCUCACUUACCUCUAGUGUUCUGCUCUUGUUGAUCACCAUUUUAUUUGUGUGGUCCAAAGCUGCUUCACUUCUUAACAGACCAGCUCCACCAUUACCAGAUAUGUAUCUGAGCAAAGAACUGGUAGCUGAGGUGGGAGAGCUAGCUCGCAAAAAUAUUAACGUGUUGGUACUAGUUUGCCGGAAUGUUGCUCUAGGUAAAGAUUCAAGGUUGUUUCUCAGAGUUGCUGCCUGCCUUUUGCUCAUUUCUGUUGUUGGUGGCUUCACUGAUAUUGUCUCACUAUGCUAUUUUUGUAAGUUUCCAUUACAUAUCGAUUGUGGGUUGACCACCAAUAGAAAUAUCUUUUGGUAUUUCACCACCAACAGAGCAGUCAAGUUUAUGGACUUUCCCCAGUUUGGUGAGAGUUGACCACCUAGUUGAUUGUAACUCAAGUCAAUGUAUUCCAAGCUGGGAUAUACUUUAACCAGUUUUGAGCUUUGUCCCUUUUUUUUGCUAUUUAUUUUGCUCAUUUGAUUCUAUUUAAAA